AGACUUCCUCCCCAGUCGGGGUCUAGCCUAGCGUUUCAGCGGGCGACUCAUUUCCGGUGGGGGUGCCGCGCCCAGUGAGGGCCCGGAAGUGGGUCGCGCGGAGAUUGCUGGGCGGUUCUUGCCGGAAGUGGAGAGCGGCUCAUCGCAGUCCCGAGCAGCUGACACAUUAUGGCUGACAUGCAAAAUCUGGUAGAAAGAUUGGAGAGGGUAGUGGACCGCCUGGAGGCAGUAUCCCACACCUCUGACAUGCACCGAGGGUAUGGAGACAGCUCUUCGAAAGCAGGAGCAGCGCCAUAUGUGCAAGCUUUUGACUCGCUGCUUGCUGGUCCUGUGGCAGAGUACUUGAAGAUCAGUAAAGAAAUUGGGGGAGACGUGCAGAAACACGCGGAGAUGGUCCACACGGGUCUGAAGUUGGAGCGAGCUCUCUUGGUUACAGCCUCUCAGUGCCAGCAGCCAGCAGGCAAUAAGCUCUCCGAUUUGUUGGCUCCUAUCUCAGAGCAGAUCCAAGAAGUGAUAACCUUCCGGGAAAAGAACAGAGGCAGCAAGUUGUUCAAUCACCUGUCAGCUGUUAGCGAAAGCAUCCAGGCCCUGGGUUGGGUGGCUAUGGCUCCCAAGCCUGGCCCCUAUGUGAAAGAAAUGAAUGAUGCAGCCAUGUUUUACACGAACCGAGUCCUCAAAGAGUACAAAGAUGUGGAUAAGAAGCAUGUGGACUGGGUCAAAGCUUACUUGAGUAUAUGGACAGAGCUUCAGGCUUACAUUAAGGAGUUCCAUACUACCGGGCUUGCCUGGAGCAAAACGGGGCCUGUGGCCAAAGAACUGAGCGGAUUGCCGUCUGGACCUUCUGCUGGAUCUGGUCCUCCUCCCCCUCCACCAGGCCCACCGCCCCCACCGGUCCCCACCAGUUCGGGCUCCGAUGACUCUGCUUCCCGCUCAGCACUGUUUGCCCAGAUCAAUCAGGGCGAGAGCAUCACACAUGCCCUGAAACAUGUAUCCGAUGACAUGAAGACUCACAAGAACCCUGCUUUGAAGGCUCAGAGCGGUCCGGUACGCAGUGGCCCCAAACCAUUCUCCGCACCUAAGCCCCAAACCAGCCCAUCCUCCAAACCAGCCACCAAGAAGGAACCAGCCAUCCUUGAACUGGAGGGCAAGAAGUGGAGAGUGGAAAAUCAGGAGAACGUUUCCAACCUGGUGAUUGAUGACACAGAGCUGAAACAAGUGGCUUACAUAUACAAAUGUGUCAAUACGACACUGCAAAUCAAGGGCAAAAUUAACUCUAUUACAGUAGAUAACUGUAAGAAGCUUGGUCUGGUAUUCGAUGACGUUGUGGGCAUUGUGGAGAUAAUCAAUAGUAGGGAUGUCAAAGUUCAGGUAAUGGGUAAAGUGCCAACUAUUUCCAUCAACAAAACAGAUGGCUGCCACGCUUAUCUGAGCAAGAACUCUCUGGACUGUGAGAUAGUCAGUGCCAAAUCUUCUGAGAUGAACAUCCUCAUUCCCACAGAAGGCGGCGACUUUAACGAGUUCCCAGUCCCUGAGCAGUUCAAGACUCUAUGGAAUGGGCAGAAGUUGGUCACCACAGUGACAGAAAUUGCAGGAUAAGCAAAGUGCCAUUGGGUUCUUUGCCUCCUUUACACCAUGGGAUAAAUCUGUACCAAGACGGUUCUUUUCUAGAUUUCCUCUACCUUUCUGCACUUAAACGGCUUCUCUGCUGUGAGAAGCACAGCUACCUGCCUUCACUGAAAUAUACCUCAGGCUGAGAUUUGGGGUGGGAUAGCAGGUC